UGAAUUAUCGUUUUUCAGAAAAAUAUCGACUGCCAAGACAAAAAAAGUUAUCCAGAAACUGCUCUAUUGGGUUAAAUGUCUAUAAUUGUUCUGGCAGCACUGGCGUUAGCUAUCAAAUGAAAAUAUCCUGGAAACUGUUAUCUUUCUUCACGGAUUUUUCUUUGAUCAUAGUGCUCCGAUGAUAGAGAAAAUAUACAAUAUACGAAUAUUAUUUGCUAGCUGUGUGAGUAAAUUGCGCAAUAAAACCCAUUAACUGGUGAACAAAGUUCAAUCCGGCUGUUCGUGACAUAAUAUCAACGUUAAAGGACGAUAUCAAUGCAACAACAACAGAGGUGUUAGGUCAAUGACAAACAUUGGUGUGUGUUUAUAGGCGAAAGUGUACCGCAAGAGCGUGCCGACUAGUGAAACGUACAGCGCAGAGCACGAUGCACGAUGUUGGAAGGUCUAGUAGCGUGGGUUCUGAACAACUACCUCGGGAAGUAUGUGGAGAACCUCAACACGGAUCAGCUGAGCGUGGCGCUCCUGUCGGGGAAAGUGGAGCUAGAGAAUCUCCCCCUGAAGAAAGAUGCUCUCCGCCACCUGGGUCUCCCCGUGGAGAUCAAAGCAGGGUUCAUUGGCAAGGUUCAACUGCAAGUGCCAGUGCGGCAGAUCAGAUCAGCGCCCUGGCUGAUUGCUAUAGAGAAACUUUACCUGGUGGCCACACCUAUCAAUUUGGAUGAGUGGGACUGCAGUGUAGAAGCGUCAAUAGCGCACGAGCGCAAAACUGCGCUUCUAGACGCGCUGGAGGCGCAGUGGCGGGCGGAGCACGAGGCGGCCGACGCCGGCUACUACGCCACCUCCUACUCCUCAUGGCUCAGCUACGGCACGGGCCUGCUGGCCAACAUCGUCGAGAACCUUCAGUUAAAAUUAACCGACGUGCACAUUCGCUACGAAGACGCCAUAACGGGCGCGAUGCCGUUCGCGUGCGGGCUGACGGCGGAGUCGCUGUGCGCGGAGUCGUGCGACAGCGAGUGGCGGCGCGGAUUCACGCUGCUCAGCGACCCCGACGGCUGUUCCUUCAAGCUGCUGGAGCUGCACAACCUCGCCGUCUACUGGGACGCCAUGCCCGUGCCCGCCGGCAUGUUCGCCACCUGUACCAUCUCUGAGCUUACUAGUCGUAUGUCGGAGACGUGGCGGGGCGGGCACAGCUUCGUGGUGACGCCGGCGUCGGCGCGCGCGCGCGUGCGGCGCGAGCGCACGGAGCAGCCGCUGCGCUCCCGCCAGCGCCCGCGCAUGCAGGCGCACCUCACGCUCGACACCGUCGCGCUGGCGCUCAGCUCCCGCCAGUACAACGAGGCGGUGUGCUGCGCGGCGGGGCUGGAGCGGCUGGCGCGGGUGCGCGAGUUCCGCGCGCGGCGCCCGGCGGCGCCCGUGCGGGGACACGCGCGGGACUGGUGGCUCUACGCGCUCUCCUGCCACAUACCCGACCAUCGAUGGACGGAGCCGAAGCCGACGUGGGAGUCGUGCCUGGUGCGGGCGCGGCAGACGCGCGAGUACGUGGCGGCGUGCCUGGUGACGCUCAGCAACCCCGCCGCCACGCUGCCCGCCGACCGCAAGGCCGCCAAGGACGAGUUCGAGUGGCGCAUGCCGCUGCACCUGCUCAAAGCACUGCGGGAGGUGGCAAUGCGCAAAGUACCAAAAUCGACUCCAGUGUCAACUCCGGACACACCGGCAAGCUCCGGACGCAGCAUGCUGGUGCACUGGUUCCCGCAGUGGUUAGGCUGGUACGGCGGCUCGCAGGAUGCUGCCCCCGCGGCGCAGGCGGCCGUCCCGACCCCCACGCCCGCCCCGGCGCCUCACGCCCCCGCAGACUUAGAGGAAGAGAUCUUAGAUGUGAUAGCAGAUUCGUUGGACAAUAACACUAUGCUGAAGAGGGACACGGUGUUCGGCAAGUUCGAGUUCAUCCUGAACAAGGGCUCGCUGAACCUGUGCAUGGAGGGCGAGGCGGAGGCGGCGGGCGGCGGCAUGGAGCUGCAGUUCUCGUGCGUGCGCGUGGGCGUGGAGUCGCGGCCGCGCGCCGCGUCGCACGCGCUGCACGUGUCGCUGGGCGCCGUGUGCCUGCGCGAGCGCAUCACGCCCAACACGCUCUUCCCCAUACUCAUCGCGCCGCAGGGCGUGAUCCGCGAGGGCCUGAGCGCGCUGAGCGCGUCGGGCGCGGCCAUGUCGUGGUGCCGCUCGCACGCGCAGCCCGGCGCCGCCACUGCGCAGGCGCAGCACGAGCCGCUGUUCCAGCUCACCUAUGAGAAGAAACCCUUCGGCGUCAACUGUGACUACAAGUUGUGGGUGAAGUCAGCGUCGCUGGAGGUGGUGUACAACGCGGGCGCGGCGCGCUGGGCGGCGGCCUGGGCACGUGCACCCUGGACGCACGCCUACCAGCACGUGCGCGACUCCACGCGCGCGCGCCUGCUCACGCACUGGGACCACCUCGUGCGCCCGCACCAGGCGCCCGGUGAGCGGCGCACGUGGCAGGUGGAGCUGGACAUCUCGGCACCUCAGAUCCUGUUCGUGGAGCAGUUGUGCUCGCGCGACUCUGCAGUGCUCGUGGUGGACUUCGGACGACUUCGGCUGGCCAACGCUAACUUAGCCGAUUGUGCGCCGCAUACUCCGCCUGACGACGAAGAAAUGUUCAUGACACCGUGCUCUACGCCUCCGGGCAGCUUGCUGUCGCCGGGCUCCCCGCCCGACCCGCCGCCACAGAUGCAGACCACGCAGCCGGCACUGGACGCCGCCAACCUACACAAUAGACUUUAUGACAGAUACAAGAUCGAGCUGAGCGACCUGCAGAUCCUGGUGGGUCGUGCGCGAGAUAACUGGAAGUACGCGCACACCAAAAGCACCUCCUCACUGCACCUGCUCGACAGGUUCAGUAUAUUGCUGCAGGCGGAGCGACGCGUGGUGGCGACGAGCGACCCGCAGUACCCGUCGGCGACGCUGUGCGGCUCGCUGCCGGCGCUGGUGGUGCACCUCAGCGAGCAGAAGCUGUUCGCCGUGCGCGCCGUGCUGGCCGACCUCGCGCUCUCGCCCACCGCCACCGGCCGCGAGCCCCCCAGCCCGACGCAGGCGGCGGCGGACGACAUGGAGGAGAGCAGCGUCAGCUCGGAGACUGAACGCUCAGAGUUCUCGCAGCAUCACAACUCCACACUCUUCAUGCUGCAGUUCGCCAUCGAGCAGAUGUCGCUAGAGGUGCAGUCGAUGGGGCGCAGCAUCGCGGAGGUGCAGGUGUGCGGCGUGAAGGCGGCGUGCACGGCGCGGCCGCGCGACGUGUCGCUGUCGCUGUCGGUGCACUCGCUGCUGCUGGUGGACGCGCUGCAGACCUACGGGCCCGACUUCGAGCUGCUCGUCGCCAGUCACAAGCAUGUCGGCAUGGACACGAUGUCGGGCAGUAUCCGCGGGUCGGAGCCGACGUCGCCGACGUCGCCGACGUCGCCCACGUCGCCGAUGUGUCCGGCGUCGCCGGACGCGCGCUCCACGCACUCGCUGGCGCACCCGCACGCGCUGCAUCAGGCGCUCCACUCUCUGCACUCCAACAGAACCGAGCCAGGUCUGUGUCCGGCGGAGUCGGAGGCGGGGCGCGCGUCGCCCGCGCUGAGCUGGGUGUCGGGCACGGGGCUGAACUGGAACGGCAGCGGCAUGUUCGGCGCGGGCUGGGGCGCGGGCUGGGCGGGCGGCUGGAGCGCCGUGAGCUGGGGGCCCGCCGCCACGCCCUGGGGGCCCGCCGCCCCGCCCUGGGGGCCCGCCGCCACGCCCUGGGGCGCCGCGGGGCUCGUCGACUCCGAGGCGCUCAUCGCCGUCGACCUCUGCUUCAUCAAGGGCGACGGUGACAACGAGGAUUUGAGGAUCGCCAAUAUAUUGUUUAACAAUCUUGAUAUCAUUGCUAAUCAAGAGACCAUUGUGGAGUUAAUUGGCUUUACACAUCGCGUAUUCGGUCCCAAGACAUCAGCAAAGAAGGCUUCCAGCGAUACUGGACAUUCGGAACCAGCCGCCGCAUCCACUUACUCGUUCUCAAUACCUGAAGAUGAACCUAAGCGGUCGGUGCGCACGGAGAUCACGUUCGACUUCCACCGGCUGGGCGUGCUGCUGCUGCGCGCCGCCGUGCUGGACGGCGCCGUGGUCGCGCGCAAGAUCGCCACCGCCACCGUCAGCGAGGCCAAGAUACAGGCCACCGUCGACGGCAGCCGCGUGGAGGUGUCGGGGUCGCUGGGCGGCGUGGGCGUGGUGUCGCUGUGCGAGGGCGGCGGGCUGCACACGCGCGUGCUGGCGGCGGGGCAGGCGCUGGCGCACGCGGACCCCGACGACGCCAAGGCGCUCAACUUCUCCAUCCACCGCACCGUCGACACGCCCGCCGAUGCUGAUGCACCGGUGGUGCACGCGAUGGUGUCGGUGCGCGUGGCCAGCGUGUGGUACACGCACUCGGGUGCACUGCUGCGCGAGCUGCGCUCGUGCCUCACGGAGUUCAAGCAGUACCUCGCCAACCUGGCGCGCUCCAUCCGCGCCGCCGCCGCUGACAUGGCCAUCGGCCUCGUGCAUCCCAGAGGGGAGUCGCUGUACGCGAACCCGAAGCUGUCACAGUCGAUGGAGGGCGUGUCGCCGCGGCGCCGCACCGUCAGCAUGGGCGCCUCGCUCGACGACCCCGCCGCGCUCAAGUCCGACAACAUCGUGCUCAGCGUGAACAUCGAGCUGGAGUCGCCGGUGGUGGUGCUGCCGCGCGCGGCGCACAGCGCGCAGGUGCUGGUGGCGCACCUGGGCCGCAUGAGCCUCGGCAACCGCCCCGGCCCGCCCCGGCACACGCUCUACAAGGUGCGCGUGCGCGACAUCUCGCUCGCCUCCGUGGACGUGUCGGAGAAGCUGAAGCUGCACCAGCUGUCGGCGGAGAACAUGCAGGACAUCUACGACGUGUCGGCCGGCAAGCCCGUGCUGCACAACACGGCGCUGCGCUUCACGCUCAACUACAGCGACGUCGACGACGAUACUGACGCCGACUACCAGUGCGAAGUCCGCGGGCGGAUUGUGGGCGGGCUGCACGUGUCGGCGCGGCGCGAGCAGUACGAGCAGGUGCUGGAGACCUUCCGCUGGAUCACGUCUGACGUCCCCGCUGACGUCGCCGACGCUGGCCCGCGCAACGCGCCCUCGCCGCAUGCGCAGCGCAUGGCGGGGUCGGACGGGCUGCUGGAGGGCGCGGUGCCGACGCUGCAGCUGGACCCCGCCGUGCGCGCCGCCGUGCUGGCCGUGCCGCCGCCCGCGCCCGCCGCGCCCGCGCCGCCGCCCAUCGCGCCGCUCAUCGUAAACUUCGAGCUGCCAACAUUUAGCGUGGAGCUGCGCGCAGAUUUCGGCGAGGGUGAGAGAAGCCUCGUGGAACUGACCUUCAGAGAGUUCAAGUUGAACUACCAGAAGACACAUCCCUAUGAGAAUAUGCUGCAAGUGUCACUGCACUCGAUCACAAUGGAGGACCUGACGAAGGAUCCGGACUCCAAGCAUCGCAUGCUGAUGGUGUCACACACGCCGCAGGUGCCGCCCAAGGCCGUGUUCGUGUCCAAGUCGUGCCCCGACUUUGUCACGGAGUACGCCGAUGACAUGUCCAGUGUCAGCUCGCUGCAGUACAUGAAGUGCUGCUCCUAUUCUUUGCCCAGUCAGCUCAAUGUGGCGGCCAGAGAGAGUAAGGAGCGACGCAACAAACGUGACAGUAAAAGCUGCGUGACGCCGCCGUGUUCGCCGGAGUGCGACGCGGGCGCCGACACGUCGGAGGACGCGAGCCCCGCCGGCCCCGACGACAACCUCGUGUGGCUGUCCGUGCACACGCGCGACCCGCACCACCCGCACUUCAGCGACAAGUACGACAAUAUAUAUAAACUUACGAAAGUGGACUUCAAUUGCUUAAAUCUGGUGGUGAGCAUCGAUAGCUGGGUGGCAGUGCUGGACUUCUUCGGCAUAGCGGGUGACGAGGUGCCGGAGAGCGGGCCCGGGCCGGAGCCGCAGCGCGCGGGCGCGGCGGCGCCGGGCGUGCGGCAGACGGAGCUGCGCGUGCGCGCGCUGGGCGUGCUGGUGGUGGCGGGGCGCGGCGAGGCGUGCCGCGCGCGCGUGGCGCGGGCGCGGGCGGUGGCGCGGGCGGACGCGCGCGCGGGCUGGCGGCGGCUGGAGGGCCGGCUGGGCAGCAUGGCGCUCACCGACCUCACGCCGCACGCCGCGCUGUGGCGCGACCGCUUCCGCACCUCCGGCGACCACGCGCUCACCUUCACCUACCAGAGGCUGAGCGCGGCCGACGCGGCGACUGCCGGCCACGACACGAGCCUGAGCAUAGAGAUGGGUCCUGUCACGUACGUGCACACCAAGCGCUUCGUACAGGAGCUGCAGGCCUUCGCCAGGGAUUUCAGUCUGCUACGCCGAGUCAUCAUGCAAGCCAGGCUUAAGGUGGCGGUGGUGUCUGGCACGCUGGGCGGCGGCGGGCGGGCGGCGCGCAUGCGGCUGCGGCUGCGCUGCGUGGCGCCGGUGAUCGUGCUGCCGGUGUCGGGCCGCGCGCGCGACGCGCUGGCCGCGCACCUCGACCACCUCACGCUCGACAACUGCUUCAAGUACGCCGGCGACGACGGCACCGUCAGCACUCGCACUGAUCCUAGCAAUGGGUCGCGCUGCCUGCUGGACGUGCGCGCGGUGCGGCUGGCGGGCGUGGCGCUGUGGGGCGCGCGCGGCGGGCGCGGGCUGCGCGUGCGCCGCCGCGGCGCGCCGCUGCUGCGCGCGCCGGCCGACCUCGCGCUGCACGUCGAGCACAACCUCUCCGACACCCACGACGUCCCGGACAUGACGAUCCAGGGGUCACUGAGCACGCUGCAGUGCGCGCUGGACCCGGCGCAGUACCGCCUGCUGCGCGGCGUGCUGGCGCACAACCUGGCCGAGGGCACCGACGACCUGCUGCCGCGACAGCCGCUGCAUCCGCCGCAGAUGCAUAGCCAUCAACAUGUAUGGACUACAAGUUCUCUGAAAUUAGACCUGCACGACGUGACAGUGAAGCUGGAGCCGGAACACGGCGUGUCUUCACUGGCCUGCAUCAACUUCAUCAAGUCCAGGCUCGUCGUGGAGACCUACUCCGACCUCAGCCAGGAUAUAGACCUGGUCUCACAGGAAAUCUUAGUGAGUGAUACCCGGUACACCAAAGAGCCAGCCAACAGGCGAGGCAACGUGUUCAGUCAUAUUGUGCAGCCGAUGCCUGAGCAGCGUCACAGCGUGCAGGCUGAAGUACAUGCCAGAAAACGUCGUGACUCAUCAGCGUACACGAUCCUAGUGAACAACAUGCGACUGAUGGCGGUGCUGGACUGGUGGGAAUGCGCCAAUCAGUUCAUCAUGCAGCCGCCGCCACCUCCUGCCGACCCUGAUCAGAUGCACCUUGAGGAGGCGCUGUCGGCAGCCCGCAGCAGCGCCAGCCCGGCGCCGGCGCAGGAGGAGCCGCAGAUGGAGCUCAAGCUCAACGUCACCGACUCGCAGCUCGUGCUCGUCGAGGACCCCUCAGUGUGGGACACCAACGCCGUCAUACUCAGGAGUACAACAGUAAUAACAUACCGCUGCGCAGACGCACAGAAGCCGGUAUCGUGCGAGCUAAAUGAACUGGAAGUAUUUUCUUGCGUCCUCGGGUUAGAAGAGGAGACCGCACUGUCUAUUGUGGAGCCGGCUGCUUUACACGUUGCUAUUGACGCUGAUAGGGUGCUGCAUGUUGCGAUGAGUACUCUAAACUUGCGGUUAUCUUAUCACGACAUGCGAAUGUUCGCCGCAAUGUUGCAGUCCCUACCGGUGCAGGCGAGAGCAGCUCUGUCCGGCAAGUCGGUAGUGUCGGAGGCGGAGGCGGACGCGCCGGCCAACAGCGUGCACAUGCGCGCGGCGCCCGCCUGGCCCGCGCGCCCGCGCUGGCGCCGCCACGCGCAGCCGCCGCCGCGCAACCAGCACAACACCGCCAUCUUCCCGCUCAAGGCCGUGCAGGUGGCAGCAGACUGUAUCACUUUGUGCGUCAUUGACGACUGUUUGGACUCUGAUGUACCGCUACUGGAAGUGUCCCUCAGCGAACUGCACGUUGAUCAGGACCUGCGUAAAGUGGAGGAAUCAUUCGAAGACCCCAUGUUGGUGUCGACACCGGCAGGCCCAGGUGGGUCCAUCCUGCAGCGCUCGUCGGGCGCGGGCGGCGGCCGGCUGGCGGCGCUACUAACCAUAGAUUACUACAACCGCACGCUCUCCGGCUGGGAACCGGUGGUAGAACCCUGGAGGUUCGAAACGUCUUGGGAGAACACCCUGACGAGCGAGCUGUCGCUGGGGCGCGUGCAGAUGGAGGUGUCGUCCACCGAGGUGCUGAACACCAACGUCACGUCCUCGCUCAUCGAGCUGUGGCAGCUCGUGCGCGCCAACUGGACCGCCGACUACUACGCGCCGCAGGAGCAGUCACCCAAGGGCAGCCCGGCGGGGCACCGGCGCCGCUCGCCCUUCGUGCCCUACGCGCUGCGCAACCACACCGGACACCGCCUGUGGUUCACCACGCUCGUCACCACCUCCGACGUGUUGCGGGAACAAGCGACAUGGUCAGGGCCCGACGACUCGUGGAUGAUGGUCCGCGCAGGCGAGACGGAGCCCUUCUCGUUCGGGCAGCGACGCGGGCGGCGCCGCGGCCGAGCCCCCGCCGCGCUGGCCGGGCACAACGCCUCGCUCAACCAGCUCGCGCUACGCCUCGACGGCUGGUCCCCGCCCGACCCCGUCUGUGUCGACAGGGUCGGAGUCUUCUUCAGGAAUCUUACGCAUGCCAAAUCCGGUGCAGAGGCCCGCAUCGUGUUCGAGGUAUCGCUGGAGGGUUCAGCGCGCAAGUUGGUGACGGUUCGGUCGGCGCUGCAGCUCGUCAACAAGUUGCCGCACCCGGUCGAAGUGAGAGUGGACCACGCACCAUCAGCAGCGCAGUGGAGCAGCGGCGGCGUGCGGUGCGCGCAGGUGGCGGCGGGCGCCACGUGGGCGGCGCCGCUGUCGGCGCACCCCGCGGCGCUGUGGACGCGGCCGCUGCUGCGCGCCGGCCUGCCCGCAGCGCCCGCGCCCGCGCCGGCCCCCAUCGACUGGCGAGCCGCGCCCGCGCCCGCCGCGCUGCUGCACUACGAGUGCCGCGCGCCGCCCGACCACGUCUACAGGUUCGGGUGCGUGAUAGUCCGGGAAAGGUUCCCCCCAGAUAGGGGCCCGCCUAUAGCCGGACACACGCUCACUCUGGUACCGGCUCUGAGGCUAGAGAACUUGCUGCCGUUAGAGCUGCAGUACCGCGCCAAUCCCGCCUCAACAGGCUCCGGCGCUACUACUGCUUCCGGCAAUAUUCCGCCCGGAGAAACCAUGCCUUUCCAUGAGGUAAAUGUGGAGGAAGGCGUAGAAGUAAGCGUAAAGCUGGAAGGCUUCGGCUGGUCCACGGCACUGAGUGUGUGUGGCUCUGGCAGUGGCAACAGCAGCAGCGCCGCGGUGGGCGGCAGCGGGAACGGCUCCUUCAGCGCCCGACUCAAGCUCAGGGACACCAGAGGCAGGAGGCUCUAUCUCAAUGCCAGGGUCACUAUUAAGAAGACUGAUGGAAUUAAAGUGUCGAUCUCAGCGGCGUACUGGCUGGUGAACCGCACGGGGCUGCCGCUGGUGUUCCGCGCGGAGGGCGCGGCCACGGAGGCGGCGGGGCAGUUCGACGAGCACGAGCUGGCGCGCAUGGUGCAGCCGCUGCUGUUCUCCUUCGCCGAGGCCGACGGCGGACCCACCGUCUCCGCGCGCCUCGGCCGCGGCCUGCCCGGCACGCCGGAGUGGUGCUCCCCGUUCGGCCUGGGCGUGGGCGUGGGCGUGAAGAAGCUGGAGGCCCGCGGCUCGACGGAGGGCGGCGCGGGCUCGGCGGAGCGCGUGUUCGCGGUGGCGGUGCGCGUGCGCGCGGGGCGGGGCCGCUACCGGCACACCAACAUCGCCACCUUCACGCCGCGCUACCAGCUGCACAACAACACCUCGCACCACCUGCAGUUCGCGCAGAAGUGCUGCGCCACCACGCUCAACGACCCUGGUGCGAUGGCGACGCACGUGUCGGCAGUAUCAGGCUGCUACCUGCCGUGGCACUGGGCGCGCUGGGAGCGCGAGCAGCUGCUGUGCGUGCGGCUGCUGGCGCCGGGGCCCGCCAACAGCGCCGCGCCGCCGCCGCUCACGCAGUGGUCCGGCGGCUUCCGCAUAGACUGCACCAGGACGCUGCACAUCGCUUGCAGGGAGCCGGGCGGCGGCUACCAGUUCGUGCGCGCGGAGGUGGUGUCGCAGGGCGCCACGAUGUUCGUGCUGCUGACCGACGCCGACUGCGCGCCGCCGCCGCUGCGCAUCGACAACUACUCGCCCGUCUCCAUCAUGUUCCACCAGGUGGGGUGCGGCGAGGAGUGCGUGGUGGGCGCGCGCGCGCGGGCGCGCUGGGCGCUGGCGGAGCCCGAGGGCGCGCGGGCGCUGGCGCUGCGGGCGCCCGGCGGCCCGCGCACCGCGCUGCCGCUCGACGACCUGCCCGCGCACCACCAGCUGCUCUACCAGAACUUCAUCUACGUCGCCUUCGACGCCACCCAGCAGUUCGGUGAUAGUACUGUGAAUACGAGCGGAAAGCCAUCGGCGACCACACCCGAUGACAAUGUACUGGUGCUGGAAGUGCCGCUGGGCAGCACGCGGGUCGUGCUUGCUAGAAAACGCUACGGAGACAGGUCACAGCUAUGGCGGCGCGGUCCGAACGACCAGCUAAUCCACGAAGGUAGUUCGCCACCACAACCCACAGAUGCGUUAUUAUCUGACGAUGCGCCGUUAUCUCCUCAUGCUAUGGUGCUGGACAUCGAGGACGCGGCGCCGCGGCCGGGACGCGCGUCGGCGCUAGUGUUGCGGCGCGCGGACGGGCGACGCGCGUCCACACAGGCGUGGCGGCUAGUGCCCCCGGGCCGCAUGGCCUGCGCACACGCAAACCUCUGCGUGCAGCCUGACGGGCUCAGCCGCAUGGCGCUCACGCCCGGUACCCGCGUAGUACUAGGGCUUCCGGCGUCGGGGCGCACCGGGUGGUCGCCGACGUCGCCGGUACCGGCGGAGCAGGCGGUGUCGUGGCACACGCUGCGGCCCGGCUCCGGCCGGCUGGACGUCACGCUGUGUGCCGACGGACCCACGCGCGUCGUCAAUAUACACGACCACAAGGAACCCGAGUCGGGCUGGCUGGAGGGCGAGGCGGAGGCGGAGGCGGCGCCGGGCGCGCGGCGCGAGUGGGGCGUGCGCGUGGCGCUGGCGGGGCUGUCGCUGUCGCUGGUGUCGCGCGCGCCGGCGGCGGAGCUGGUGCACGCGCUGUUCGACGCCGUGCUGCUGGAGCUGGCGCUGGCGCCGCGCUCCACCGCGCUCGCGCUCGCCGUGCAGCACAUGCAGUGGGACAACCAGUUGCUGGGCACCCCGAGCCCCGUCCUGCUGUACUGCCUGCCGGACCGCAGCGGCAACAGCAGUGGAGCCCCGCUGCCGGCGCUGCACGCCGCCAUUGAGCUGCAGAAGGCGCCCGCCAAGAGAUACAACGCGUACUUCUUCCGACAUCUCGUGGUGGCCCUGCGCCCCUUGGCUAUCAGACUAGAGGAAAGACUGAUCCUGCAGGUGUGGGCGUGGGCGUGGCGCGGCGCGGAGGAGGCGCGGGAGGCGCCGGACGAGGCGGACUACGAGACGCAGCGCAUGCUCAGCGAGCUCACCGCGCUGCACAGCACUAGAUACUACUUCGCGCUCAUCAAGAUCAUACCCAGCCAGAUCCGGCUGUCGAUGUGCACGGCGAACAAGCUGGAAGGAUCCCUGAGCGCGCUGAAGCGUCGCCUGGGACUCACCUUCAUCAAGUUCGAGGACGCCGCCGUCGAGCUCGAGCCCUUCGUCAGGGCACACGUCUUUGACACCGCCUCAUACCUCGGCCGGCAGAUGUUAGCGCACUUCAAAGAUGAGUUAAAAUGGCAAGCAGCAAAAAUCCUCGGGUCAGUGGACUUCUUGGGUAACCCGCUGGGCUUCGUAGCUGAUGUGUCAGAGGGGGUUACUGGUCUACUGUUGGAGGGCAACGUGGGCGCAUUACUCAAAAACGUCACGCAUGGCAUCUCCAACUCCGCUGCUAAGGUCACAGAGUCUCUGGGCGACGGGCUGGAGCGCGUGGUGGGCGACGAGGCGCACGAGGAGACGCGGCGCCGCAUCCGCUCCGCCGCGCCCGGCGCGCACCUCGCCGCCGGCUUCCGCGGCCUCGGCCUCGGCAUACUCGGCGGUAUGACGUCGCUGGUGAAGCACAGCUACGAGGGCGCGACGCAGGAGGGGCUGGGCGGGUUCCUGGCGGGCGUGGGCAAGGGGCUGGUGGGCACCGUCACCAAGCCCGUCAUCGGCGUGCUGGACCUCGCCGCCGAGACCGCCUCCGCGCUCAGGGACACCAGUCGCAGGUCGGACAAGUGGGUGCCGGCGCGGGUGCGCGGGCCGCGCUGCGUGGCGGGCUGCGGCGGGCUGCUGCCGCGCUACUGCGGCGCGCAGGCGGCGGGCGCGGCGCUGCUGUACGCGCUCAACCACACCGACUACUCCGAGCGCUUCCUGGCCUACCGCGCCGUGCGCGACCUGCCCAACGACAUCCGCGCGCUGCUCUCCGACACCUACCUGCGCAUCAUCACCUGCAAGCACCAGACGCCGCAGGUGGUGAUGGAGACGCACCUGAGCAACCUGGUGUCGUGCACGGUGGUGACGGUGGAGGGCGCGCACUUCGUGGAGCUGGGCGUGCGCGGCGGCGGCGCGGACGCGGUGCGGCGCCCGCGCGUGCAGUGCGACAGCGCGGAGCUGGCCGCCUGGGUGGCGCAGCACGCCGCGCUGGCCCGCCAGCUCUACCACGAGCACGUGCACACGCUGCUGCCCAUCGCCGACCUCUAACCUGUAUGUCUUCGAAUACCUACUGAUUAACCCUUUUCAUAUACGUCCGAGCAAUAUUGACAUGAGUUCUUUUCUAUUUGACCAUUCUUCAAAUCGACUAAGAACUAAGGGUGGGUCUUCACGGUCCAUGUAGCUGGAGCAAGUUAACAUCCACAAGUGACAAGAGCACACGGGUGGAUAUUCAGUUUUGGUAUAUGCGCGAGUCGCUGACCCGCAUAAGUUUAAAAUGCAUGUAACCUGCGCAUGUGCCUCAACAUGCGCGAGCUACUUGCACCGUGUAGAUGCACCUUGACAGCUAGCAAACUUUAGGUGAGCUCUUUUAUGUAGCAGCCCCAAUUCAAAUAUUCGUAAACGAAUUUAGCGAUAACGAUACGACUGCCUAAUCGGCGUUGCAUUUUAUACCGAUUAAAUGCUUAUGAUCGAUGUUAAAUCCUAAAGAGAUUUUCAACACAAAAGUUUCAAUUACGUAUGUAUGCAUAGAGAUUUAUAAUACACGUAUAUGAGUAUAUAAUACACGCGCACAAAUAUACCUAUGUGUGUGUGGUUCUUCCCUUCUGUAUAAAAUUAUUUCCAAAUACAUAUUUGAAAAUCCGUUUGGGCUGACGACCUUCCAAACUUUAUUAGACUGAACGUUUCAUAUGUUAAUAUAUUGUUAUUACCUACUAGAUCGAUAAGUAUUCGUAAGUAUUAUUGCAAAAGACACUGCGAGCUAUCUUAUGUUAUAUAAUACUCUUUUAUUAACUGCGAAUCUAGUAAUGAUAUUACAAGCUAUACACUUGCUAAUCUUGAUAUUAUCUGGGGCUCGAUUCUGCUAAUUUUACUUAAGCGACUUACGAUUGAUAUCCAAUCACGACUCAAUUACGAUUGAAGCGUAAGUAUGUGGCAUUUCGCAAUUUUUGGUUCUUCUUUCUCCUGCCCUGUUCCCAAUUUUUGGUUGUAAAUAAACAUUUUUAUCUUUUUAUGUGAUUCCAUAAUGAAUCAUAUUGUCUGAAAAUGAUUUACAAUUGCAAUAUGAUUCUAGAGCAGACUACCCUAAAGACCAAAUAGCAGACCAAUAUCAAACCAAUAAAAGUCAUUGAAAUACGAUUGGUCUUAUAUUAGUAGCAGAAUGCCCGAUACGGUUAAAGCUGCUAUUGAGAUUACAUUGUUAUCCAAUUGUCACACUAUUACAUUAGCAGAAUCAGGCCCCUGGACUAUACAGGUAUUCCUCACAAUUUUGUGUGUUCUAUCCUAUUUCUAAUAUAACUUGACCCAAUCAGUAUACACAGGCAGUAUAAUAGUGUUUAUAUCCAGUUUCUACAUGUAACUGCUUAGUUAUAAUGUACUGACUUAUUACAGUUUUAUGUCUUGGUUGGUGAUAAACAUAGACUUUCACAAAUAUAUCAUAGUUCGUAGGUUAAGUGUUGUAAACCCUUUGACUUUUAAAAUUUGAAAUAUCCAGACAGUGUGUAAGAAGUCGAACUUCGGUACGUUAACAGUUAACACUGCCUACAACUAGUUAAUCUUAAGUUGUAAUUUAACAACGCAGUAACUUUGUUAUAGUUUUUACUAGUGAAAGUAGUAACUAAGUACAGUCGACGUUUUCCAGCAGAUGCCUGCUUACACAGCAAUAAUAAAACACCAUUACUAACUAAUCCCAUAUUGUAGAAGUAUUUGUGUCACAGUAAUGUGUUGAUUGUGCUCUUCUGUAUGUACGUAGUAACGACCAAGUCGUGGCAACUAACUAGUUAUGUGAUACGUGUCGAGUGUACCACUACGUCACUUUGUUUUAGUGCUAAUUACGGAUCAAGUGUUUUGCGCGUUCUACCGGGGAACCAGUGGCUGUAAACGGCACUAUCAAUGUUAUAUCAGAUAAGUAACAGAUAUAAUGAGCUAUAAUAUGUGGUACUUUAGAGAGGUAGAACGCGUUAAACACAUUCAUCCAUAAAUUAUUUUAUGUAGCUCCAGAGUAAUAUAUUUUGUGUACGUGUGGGAGUUAUGCUGAGUCUUGAUUGAACAAAAUUAUCUUAGGCUGUGAUAUAAACCUAUGACAAAUCGACAUGUAAUACGACAAACUUCUUGAGCUGGCAACACAAGUGUUAUACAUUCCAUUGCGGGUCCCAAGACGUAAUGAUUCCUUGACUUCGCAGUGAUACACACGUUUAAUAAUAAGUAUAAUGUCCACAAAUGUUACAAUACGGGUAAGUCCGCUUGUCCCUUGUCAAGUGUUGCCAGUUUCAUUCGUAUGAUCGCUAUUCUAUAAAAUUUCGGUAGCGACGGACAAUUGUACGAUGACCAUCUAUUAUUAUCUAUUUAGCUGUGUUAUUUCAAAAUUUUCAUUAUUAUGACGUUAUCUUACAUUAUGGUAACUGAGGAUUCAUUAUGUAGGAAAAUGAUUAUUCCAUAUCUAAGAGACUUAGGGGAAAAGGUUGCCAGUAAUAUUAAUUGUUUUUUUUUUUAUAUCAUUAAUUGGUUAUGACAAGAGACGAAUGUGUUGAGUAACAUGCCUUGGGGAGUGCUUAUGUUUAAUUGAUUCGAUUUGUCUGUCUUUUCAUUGUGUGCAAGGUUUGAAUUUGUUUAUGAUUGCUCGUUAUUUUAUAAGCGAAGUCUAUCUUCUGACGUUACAUACUAGCAAGCUUCAAGGAGCCCAUUUAAUUUUUUAGCAAAUUGAAAGGUUGUGAUAAGUACUUAUUGUAACUAAACAUUAAUCUGAUUUCUGUAAGAAUAAUUGCAACAUACAUGGGCUUACACACCUUAACAAUGAAUGGUUUGGAUGCUUCAUUUAAAUAAUUAUAUAUUUUAUGUAUCAUGGUACGAGGAUGGAAACAGAAAAUUAUAUCCGUUUAUAAUUAGUAGCAAAAUAAAAUACAAUGUAACGUCAGAGUUAUUUUGUAGUGAUUAGUUUAGUUAACCAACAUUACCAAAGUGCGACUUAAACUGUAAGUGGAGAAGGUUUAUGUUUGUAUUUAUUUAUUUAUUCUGAGAAUGUCAGAGAGAGAAUAAUUAUUUAUUUAAUACUGUUGUGGUGUCAUUUCAUUGAUAUAAAACUUUUCAACAAUAA